UAUAAAAGCUGUUAGCUGCUCCUGUAGCCAGCAGUAUUCAAACCUUGCAGACUUUUGCUCUCUGAGAGUUUGUAAUAAGACACAGUCCUCUUACAAGAGUUCAUACUACAACCUAGCAAAAGCAAAGAAUUUAAAGUUUUGGAAGAAUAAAACAUUCAUUUUGGCAUUGUACAGAGCAAAGUGAACUCAGUGGCCUCUCCUCCACCCUCAAAAUGACAGCAAUCUCUGCCAUCAGCAGUACUCUCCUGUUCUCCCUUCUCUGUGAAGUAAGUGCUGUUGUUUUACCCAAUUCCACUGACUCAUCCUCGCCAACCAAUAAUUUCACUGAUAUUGAAGCAGCUCUGAAAGCACAGCUAGAUUCUGCGGACAUCCCCAAAUCCAGGCGGAAGCGCUACAUUUCGCAAAAUGACAUGAUCGCCAUUCUUGACUAUCAUAACCAAGUUCGGGGCAAAGUGUUCCCACCAGCAGCAAACAUGGAAUAUAUGGUUUGGGAUGAAAAUCUCGCAAAAUCUGCCGAGGCUUGGGCAGCUACUUGCAUUUGGGACCAUGGACCUUCUUACUUACUGAGAUUUUUUGGCCAAAAUUUAUCUGUGAGAACUGGAAGAUACCGCUCUAUUCUGCAGCUGGUCAAGCCAUGGUAUGAUGAAGUGAAAGACUAUGCUUUUCCGUAUCCCCAGGACUGCAACCCCAGAUGUCCUAUGAGAUGUUUUGGCCCAAUGUGUACACAUUAUACACAGAUGGUUUGGGCCACCUCCAAUCGGAUAGGAUGUGCAAUUCAUACUUGCCAAAACAUGAAUGUGUGGGGAGCUGUGUGGCGACGUGCAGUGUACUUGGUAUGCAACUAUGCCCCAAAGGGCAAUUGGAUUGGAGAAGCACCAUAUAAAGUAGGGGUACCAUGUUCAGCCUGUCCUCCAAGUUAUGGGGGAUCUUGUACUGACAACCUUUGUUUUCCAGGAGUAACGUCAAACUACCUAUACUGGUUUAAAUAAGCUUAUCUAUUCCUCCAGGACACAGAAUGGUUUCUGUGAAUCAUAGGUCUAUAUAUAUAUUGAGUUUUGCACAUAUUAUAUAUAUUUUAUAAUAAUCUUGUUUUCCUUUUAAUAUUCAUUGUAUAAACUAGUGUUUGCCUAGUAUGUUGGUUUGACCUUUUAAGGUCAUCAAAACAUCCAUUUCUAUUUUCUGACCUCUAAGCAUAAAUUAAAAUAUUUUAUAUGUAGUAUUGACAUAAUUGAGUCAUCCAAUUCUAAAACUUGUUUCCCCCAAAAGAAUUAUGUUAUGUUCGUAAAGAAUAAAAACUAUAUGUGACCUGUAAGAUAUGUGUGUGUGCAUACACACAUAUAUAUGCACACACACAUAUAUACAUAUAUAUGUAUAUAUAGAGAGAUACAUGCACACACAAAUGUAAUAGAUGAUGUAACACAUAGAUAAUAAUAUCAUUUAGUAGUUAACUUGUGGGAAAUUAAAAAUGUUCUAUUCCAAAUAUAUGUGAGGUGGUGGGACAUCUCAGCAUCCACCUCUAUAACAACCACAAAAUGAUAGUUUGCAAAAUUACCUUCAGUGGCAUCUGGAUAUAAUAAUUUAAUUAAGCAACUACAAAUUUCAUUCUGGAGACAUUUCAUCUUAUUUGGGUCCACAAAAGGAUGUGCUCAAACUUAUGAAAGUUUCACAUCAUGCCUUUUGCUUAAGCUCUUCUGUUGAGUCAAUAGUCUUGUGCUGAGUGCUUACCACAUGCAAGGCACUCUGCUAUUUAUGCUCUGAUAAUGCAAAGUCACUGAGAUAUGAUUCCUGCCUUCAAGAAGCUCGCAAAAUAUUCAGGAAAUAAUACAGCCUAAUGACUUUGCUGUAAAAAUUAUUUUUUAACAUAUUAAUUUUCACGUUGCCUUAAGGAAGUGAAUGAAACGAUGUUUACCUGUAGGUUGAAUAGGUGAUAAGUCACACUGUGUAAAAUAUAAGGCUUUUGAUUAGCAUGGAAUUUUACCUACAGUGCUUGGAACCAAAAGAGGUAGGGAAGAAUUAAAACUUCCCAGAAUUACUGGAUUAGAGUAGAUAGUUGCGACAUUGGAAGGCAGAAACCAAGACUCUUAAGAAAACUGAAGAGGCCAACAGAAGUAAGAUUUAGGAGACAGGUAUGAAAGUCACAGGAACAGGAUUAUUGUAGAAAAACACCAGGUUCAUAGCUUUGGGCCUACACUGAGGGUCUAGUGUAUCUCGAAGCCUGUUCACUAGGAGGCACAGUAUGCCCGAAAGAAACACCCAGGUGCCCAAAACACCUCCAUUUCUCAUUGUUUUUAUUUGGUGAGAAGCAAUGUGAUCAUCAUGGAUCUUUGUGCCUUAUCUGCAAGGCCCUGAGUACACACCACAGACAGUUAUGAUUUAUUUGUCAAAUAGCCCUUUUCAGAUGACUUUCUGUGGACUAAUCACCAAAUUUUAUUACUAUAUCUAGUAGAAGAAUAUGUUCCAGUUAUCAAUUAAGUUUGAUUGUAGAAGUCAAAUCAAAGUCAGUAUGAAAAUUCCACUCAUGAAAAUAUGGAAAUUUCUCAUUUAAGAAAUUAGUUGCAGAGAGAACUCAAUUAUCUGGAUCAAGACACUUAACACAAUAUACUCUGUGUGUUUGUGUGUGUGCGUGAGAGAGAGAGAGAGACAGAGAGAGAGAGAUUGAUUGAUUUGGGUUAUGUAAUAUUGCAAUACUUCCAUAGAAUUACAGAAUAUGUAAAAAUGGCUAGAUCCAGAAUGCAACUAACAGAAGGAAGCUACUUGUUUAAAAUUCCCUGCACAAUUGCCAUUUCUUAAGACAAAAACAUUGAAAGACUAUAGGUAGUUAAUGAAAUCCAUUCAACGGGGGAGAAAUCCGCCAUUUGGAGUUUUAGUUUACAUGAUAACAAAAAAUUGUCGCAAUUCCAUUUACAAACUAGAUAUGGUGACCAAAUGUUUUGAUAUCAUACUACUCUGCUUCUGUGCAUACAUAUAUAGAUAUUAUUAAAAAUAAAUAUUUUGGAGACACAAAUGAAAAAAAGAAAAUAAUUAUAUGAUUCAUGCUCCAAUCCAAAUUUUAUAUAACAUAUAGUAGGCAAUUGGAGAGAUCUCAUUAGUAGGAUAUUUGCUUGAUUUAUGUAGAAAGUAUCUCCAUUGUUGAUUUUGCUAUACUAGGUCCACAGAAGUAGAAAAGAACUAGUACACCAAAAAUGACUAUUCUUGCUGGUUUACUUUUGUGGCUUGGUUUCUCACUUCUAAAAAUAAAUAAUAACAUUUGCUACAUAUUUCACAGAAGUUCCUAAAAAGGUAAAAUUACCAUACUAAUAGAAUUUAUAAAUAUUUAAAUUUUUAUCAAUGUGAAACUUUUAUUUAAGAUAGAAUUAAGUUUUUCAUGAGCAUUUCCUCAGCAGAAACUUUAAUUCUUUAUAUUUAUCUCAUCUUCUUAUAUAGUAACUAUAAUGUAAUAAAUGUUUAUAUGAAUGGAUUUUUAGAAUUAACUAAAAAGCCUAGAACUGCAACAAUUCAGAGGAAUCCCACCUUUCUAUGUUUCAUUAAGAUCAAAUGUCUUCAAUACAAAGCUUUGAAUGCAUCAAAAAUCCAGAUGAAUCAUCAAACAUAUCAGAUUAAGACUAGGGUUUACACACAGAAUUUAUACAAGAGUCCAUUCCAAAUCACAACUAGAACUGUAAAUUUAUUUAUAAUUUAACAACUCAGCUGAAAUAUAUAAUGGGUAUAUUUGUUACUCUAUCUGUACUUUUUAAAGUUGGUCAUAUGAUGUGGCCAUGUGAAAUGUUUUAUUUCCCAGGCUAAAGCAAAUGACAGUUUACUAGUAUCAACACGGUGUUUCAUAUUUUUAUGGCAUGCAACAAUGGUGCUAGGAUAACUAUUUCUCACUGUAAUUCCCAGAGACAGAAAGGGUCUGGGGAUAAGCUAUUUCAUAAGAGCAGCUUGGAAUAGUCAGUACUGGGUUUUCGUUUCCAACGGUUUCUUUCAAAAGAUAGUAAUUGGCAUACAUAUUCCACAGCAUGGAUCCUCUCUGUGGUAUAGAUUUUGCAUGCUACCCUUUUUCCAGUAGAAGAGUAAAAAUAAAAUCUGUCACAAUAUAGAUUUUUUGACUUUCACGUCAUCAAAAGAUUGGGGAAAUUAUAAUUCUUACUGUUAAACUGAUGGAUUUCUUUAUAGAAUUGUAUUUGAACUGUAUAGGCAUAGUCUUAAUGUUCCUGGUUAUGACAGAUAAACUUGCUUUGAUUUUUUAAUUAAAAAUUUUAUUUUAUUUUAUUUUUUACUUUUUUAUUGUUGUUCAGGUACAGUUGUAUGCACUAAUGAGAAAACAUAUGAAUUGUUUCAAUUCAAAUACUCUGAGUAAAUCAUAUUGGUUGAGCUUGCUUUGGCCAUUUGAUCCUAAAAGGUACAGUUGUCUCCAUUUAAACUGUUUUUUUUAAAGGUGGCAGAAGCAAUUAUUAUUAUCUUUUUUGCUUCUGUUCAGUUUAAGUAUCGUCACUUCUCUGGACCAUCAGAUCACCCUUACCUACUUCAUUUGACAGUAAGAUAAUACUCACUCGAAGCCAUGGAAACAUUCAUUUGAAAGCUCUAGGUGGUUUAGCACAGAGUUGACCAAAUGGCUAGAGCAAGCUCAACCAAUACGAUUUCUAAGUAUUUGAAUUCAAACAAUAUAUAUGUUUUCUUAUUAAUGCAUGCUUAUGUUAAAUCAAAUUGUAACAUCUACCUAAGAAAAUCUCAUAUACAUUUAGGCCAAUUUAAGUGUUUUGUGUUCAUAUCUGGCUUAUUUUAUGAAUGCAUAAGCUAAAUACAUAAUUUGAAUGUGUCCAUGAAGGAAAACUAAUGCUUAGCCUGAGGUUAAUGAUCUCCAUCUGCCCCGUAUAGAAAUUUUCCCUAGAUUGGGCAGUAUCACAGGAUGAAAUUCUUGACAUGAAUGGAAGCCUUUAUCUACCAAAGCAUUUAAGGAGAGUAAAGUUAGAUUUCUAUCAGUGUAACAUUCUCUUUGCUUAUAUAUGCUUUUAAAAAUAUUGUAAUUAUAAUUAUGGGGAAAGACAUAUUUAAACACAUGCGAAAUGAUUUUUCAAGACUGUGUCAUGGUAUAACUUUGACUUAUGAGAGAGCAAUAAAAAACUUAGAAAGUUUAAUAAUUAACUGAUUAAUGGUGCUGAAAACACAUUACAACCACCAAAAUUGCAACAAUUUUGAGGUUUCUUCGCAAUUAAAGUUUUUAUUAAAUGUGAACUAUCAUCUGUUUUGGUGCUAAAUGUAUGGUGCUAAAAGAUUUGUUAGUGUUAAUAGCUUUAGUAAUGCUGUAAUGCUCUUUUCAGUCAUUGUUAAAAGUUAUCCAUUACAUUCCUGAUUCAGAAAUAGUAAUAAAAUCCUGUUAAUCUUAACCAGAAACAGUCCAGUGAAUUCCAUUUUUAAUAAAACUGUCCAAAAUUACUUAGGUGUUACUGAAUUUAAAAAUAUACAUAUUUUUAGAAAUUACCAAUUUUCUUUUAAGGCGUUUUUAGCUUUGCAGAAUCCAAAUUCAAUCAUCUAAAGGUUGGAUAACACCUACACCAACAUGCUACGGGCACUGGCGCCCUCUGGUGGUUGUAAAAGCAAAUUAUUGAUGGCUAGUUGGCCUCAAAAAA